ACCUCGGGGAUUGUCUCUCGGAAACAUCUCUCCACCUCUCUCCCUCUCUCCCUCUCUCUCUCUCAAAUCCCAAGCUCAGCAGCAAUCAGACGAUUCACACAAUCUUUCUUGGUGGAUUUGCAACAUAUGAUUAUUCAAACGCUAUCGUUAGCUUUUGCACUGUACAAACCCUAAAGUUGUGUCUCCUUCGUCCGAAGGAUGGGAGCUCUGUAUGGAGUGGAGCGGAUGCAGGGUCGGUUAUUUGACCAGCGUUAAUAUUGCUACAUUUUGGUGGCGUUUCACUGUUGUGACUUGUGCUUCUGCUAUCAUUGAGUUGCUGGCAGGAGUUUAUUUUGGAAAAUAAGGAAGGAAACAAUGUAUGGAAGAUCGGGUCUUGAUCGGUUCAAGAAAGCUCAGUCUUUGGAACCAUUCUCGGUAUCCGUGAAUUCAGCUCAAAAACCAACUACGCAGCCCUCUCCUAAACCAAAUGUGUAUCCAUCGGCUUCAUAUUCUCAACCUCUGGCUCCUCAUCAGCAACCCCUAUAUGAGAACCAACACUAUGUUUCUCAGAAACCCGUGGAGCUGGAUGUAGCAGUGCCAACCGUAGUGCAAACUCAACAAGCGGCUCAGCUUGGAGGGGGCCAAUCGACUUGGCAGCCUCCUGAUUGGGCAAUUGAGCCCCGGCUGGGCGUCUAUCAUCUUGAUGUUAUGAAGGAUGGUGAGGUUCUUGAUCGGAUAAAUUUGGAUAAGCGAAGGCACAUCUUUGGGAGGCAGUUUCACACUUGUGAUUUUGUGCUUGAUCAUCAGUCUGUCUCACGCCAGCAUGCUGCUGUCAUUCCUCACAAGAAUGGAAGUAUAUAUGUAAUUGAUUUGGGAUCUGCACAUGGUACAUUUGUUGCAAAUGAACGGUUGACUAAAGAUUCUCCUGUUGAGCUUGAGGUAGGGCAGUCGUUGCGGUUUGCUGCGUCUACAAGAACCUAUAUCUUGAGAAAAAAUAAUGCGGCUCUUUUCCCUCCUGCUCCACUUCCCACUGAAAUUAAUCUACCUCCACCCCCUGAUCCUUCUGAUGAAGAAGCUGUUUUGGCUUAUAACACAUUCUUGAACCGUUAUGGUCUCACCAAAUCAGACUUAGUUUCUAGAUCUAGUGAGUUAAGUUGUUCAUCAGAUGGAAAAAAUGAGAGUGGACAAACAGAGAGAGCUGCUAAAAGAAUUAAGAAAACAAGAGUGGCAUUCAGGGAUCAGGUUGGAGGAGUGCUGGUUGAAGUUGUUGGGGUUUCAGAUGGUGCCGAUGUAGAAACAGAACCUGGUCCAGUGGGUGUGAAAGAAGGAAGUCUUGUUGGAAAAUACGAAUCCCUUGUUCAAAUUACAGUUAUACCCAAAGGUAAGGAACAGUCUGCUGUGAAGGAAGUCAACGCUUCCCAGAAAGGUGUGACUGAUAAACUACAAGAAGUCUUGAACAAGGUCAAAAAUCCUCCAAAGAGUGGAAUCUAUGAUGACCUUUAUGGGGAAUCAUUUUCAGGCAAAGUAGGUUCAUCUUGGGCAUAUUCAUCUGAUGGUCCUGGUGGUAGACAAACUUCUCCAACUAAAGAUGCUGAGACAAAGUUUCAUGGUGCUUUAAGUGGAGGGCCAGAAAAUAACUCAGGCAAUGAUGAUGAUGGUAAUGAUGAUGAUUUGUUUGGGUAGCUGAAAGUGGAAGAGAAAGCUUGCGGAUGUUCAGUGUGUUUCUUUUUGUGAUUUUUGCCAAUGGAAUUGGAAGCUGAAGAUAUGUGGACAACAGGAGGUAUUUUUCCUUUGUAAAUGGAGAAUUUUUGUUGUACUUCAUCUUUUUCUUUACUCGGGUGCACCACUGAACCUGCAAUUUGAGGGUUUAAGUCUGUAUUAGCUUGCGGAUUGGGAAAGGACCUCUUUAAUUAUUUUAUAGUUUCCGUUCUGCAGUUGCCUGAACAAUUUUUUUUGAUGGUUUGGUGUUCAUUUGAUAGGCUCGUGAUGAUUGAGCGCAUAUAGUCCUUGUAGGUAUGGAAAUAGUAG